CGGAAUCGAACUCGUGUCAUGUCACUGUAUGCUCUCUCUGACCUUCCUCCCCUCGCAUCCCUCCCGAAUCCGCCUCGCCGGCGGUCAGGUCGUCGCCCCGGCACCCGCCAUCGCCGCCCAAGCCCUCUUCGCCAAGAUCGAACCGCGCGUCCAGCACAGCGCCGAGCUCCCCCUUCCACCGAAGCAGCUUCAGGCGAUGCCUCUGGUGGAACCGGGGCCUCGUCGCUGACCGCAGGCAUGGAGGAGAGUGGCGACGGGAUGCCAAGGCAGCGGAGGGAUGUCAGUUCAACAAAUCACUCGAGCAACUCGGAUGCGGUUGCUGAAGGCACGAGUGGUGUACCACAUGAAACUGCGAAACAUUGCCAAGAUGCGGAAUCAGAAAAGACAGAGGACCCACCUUGCAAGAAGAAUCUACACGGCUUCAAUGAGUGCAGUAGUUCAAAAAAUCUUGAAAGGACCAAAUGCAGAUGGUCACCAGAGGAAAAUGAGCUACUCGCUCAAUUGGUAAACAAACAUGGGACCAAAAACUGGCAAACUAUUGCAUGUGCUAUACCUGACCGAAAUGCACAUGCAUGCUUAUCAAGAUGGAAAUACAUUCUAGACCCAGCAAUAAACAAAGAGGCUUGGUCACAACAAGAGGAGCUAAGAUUAAUUCGUGCACAUCAAAUAUACGGAAACAAGUGGUGUAAAAUGGUCAAACAUUUCCCAGGGAGGACAAAUAAUGCACUCAAAGAACACUGGAGGGGUUCAAUGAAAAGAAAACUGGAUUCAUAUUUAGCCUCAGGAUUGCUCGAACAAGUUCCCGACCUUCAUGAAAGUCUAUCAGUUCCACAGAGCAGUCAGUCAGAUAUUCCAAAGGACAGCAAACUUUCAUCUGAUAGAAUUCGAUUUUCAUCAAUUUUAUCGACAAGCUCCAAAUUUAAACAAGAGCUCAGAGAACUAAGUGAAGAUGCUUAUACUUCAGUAGGAGAAAGCUCUGACUUCAUCUAUGCUAAAGCAUUUGAUGCCGAUUCAGCCAAAGUCUCUGAAAGUAUAAUAGCUAAACCACAGCAGUGUGCGACAGCAAGAAAGAAACUGAAUUUCGUGUCAAGCCCAGUGAAGCUCAAGAGUGAUGUACCACCUGAAACUGUCAAACAACAUCGUCAUGAAAUGGAAUCAGAAAAGACAGAGGGCUCACCAUGCAAGAAAAAUGGCUACUGCUUCAAGCAGGGAAGUAGUUUAAAAAAGUCUGAAAGGACCAAAGGCAGAUGGUUAGCAGAGGAAAAUGAAAUUCUCACUAAAAUGGUUACCAAGCAUGGGCUGAAAAACUGGCGAACUAUUGCAUCUGCUAUACCUGGCCGAAAUGCACAACAAUGCCGAAUAAGAUGGACACGCAGUCUGGACCCAGCAGUAAACAAAGAGGAUUGGUCAGAACAGGAGGAGCUAAAAUUGAUUCGUGCCCAUCAAAUAUAUGGAAGCCAGUGGCUUAAAAUGGUCAAACAUUUCCCAGGGAGGACAAAUCAUGCACUCAAAGAACACUGGAGAGGUCGUAUGAAAGGAAAACUGGAUUAUUAUUUAGCCUCAGGAAUGCUCGAACAAAUUCCAGACCUGCAAGAAGAUCUAUCAGUUCCAGAGAGCAGUCAGUCAGAUAUUCCAAAGGAUGGCCAGGGUUCAUCUGAAAGAAAUCGACCACCAUCUUUACCAAUAAGACCCAAACCUAAAAGUGACCUCUCAGAACUUGAUGAAAAUGCUUCUACAUCAGAAGAAGAAAGUUCUGACUGCAUGUAUAAUAAAGGUCUUGAUGCUCAUUCAGCCAAAGUCUCUGAGAAGGUAAUGGCCAAAUCAAAGCAGCGUGCAAGAGCCAGAAGGAAACUGGAUUUUCUGUCAACCCCAGUGGAACUCAAGGUGUGCACCGCUGCAGCAAGUUGUCAAAGGCCUCCCCCAGAAAUGGAACAAACAACUCCAGCCGGUGACAAUAUCUCUCCGUCAGAUGUAUGCCAAGAUAUUCCACAAAAUGCUGCAUCAGAACGUGUGGAUGUGGUUAUACCAACAGCUGCUAGUAACCCUCCCAAUGAUGUUCAUUCAUGGGCUACCCCAGAUCCAUGCUCACCAGAGAUACAUGAGGCGAAUGCGUCAGAUCCUCUGGACAUGUCCUACUGUGAUGACUUGAUAAUCGAUUCUCCUCCUUAUCUGCAUGGCAGUAGCUUCAUAUAGAAUGAAGAGUGUUACUUAGACAAAGUGCAACUUCAAGCAUCACGCUUGCUCCGUUGCACCCUUUUGGUAGCAAGAGAUGAACUGAGGUACAAACUUAAUGCUGUCCUCCUAAAAUCCAACAGCUCCACGUAUAAGGAGCUGGUUGCCUGUUGGAUGGAACUUUUAUCUUGGCAAAAGUUGGAAUAAUUCUGUUCUGUUCAAUGUCACCGUCUCCCUGGUUUAUAGGGCAGUUUUCUAAGUUUUGAAGGCGAGUUUAAUUUGGUUGUUUAUCCUACUUGCUGGUUGGAAGCUUUGAAUUUGAGGGAAUGUAGGCCAUCUACAGAAAUCAACUUUUCCUAUUUUUAGGAAGGCCAAACAUCAAAACAGUGCACGAGGAGGAUACCUAGCUUCAAGGUAGCUUGUGCAGAUUGGCCAUGGUUAUGGUUUGAAUCCGAUUCAAAUUUUAAGCUUUAAACUUUUUUUCUCUAAUGAUGAAUAAAAAAAUUGGAAACUAUUUGGACA